GCGGGGGAGGAGCGAGCAGACGCGCGCGCGAAGCGGCCUUCGAAGAGCGUCGCCCCGGAUCGCCAUUGGCGGGGACGCUCGAGCGUCUUCUGCCGCCAUUGGCCGGCGGGCGCUGCGCGGGGCGUGAUUGGCCGGCCGUCCUGAGGCGGCGAGGCUCGCCAUUGGCUCUGCUCGGGGUUUGUCCGGCUGCCCUUGGCGCAGGCGCGGUAGCCCCGAUCCGCCUCCUCCUCCUGCUGCUGCUGCCGCUUCGUCUCCUUCUCCUUCCCCAGCGUCUUCGGGAUGCGGUGGCUGCCGGCGCCGCGCUGGGCCGGGCGCUUCGCGCGGGGGGCGGUGGCCGUGACGGCGGCGGCGGCGCUGCUGGUGGGGGCGCUGCGCUGCUGGGUCGCCCUCUCGGCCUCGUCGCGCCGCUUCGAGUUCGACCCCGAGGAGAUCGCGCGCCUGGCCAAGCACCACGCAGGCGCGUCACGGGGGGAGGGGGGGCCUCCCCGGGCAGGGGAGAAGGGGCUGGUCGGGGUCUCUGUCUCGGGGUUCUUUGGCUGAGAGAUCCGCCAGGCAGAAAUGUAGUAAACAGAAAUAAUAAUAAUAAUAAUAAUGGGGUUUUUCAGCUGCCCUUGCUUUUAAUUCGGAAGGCGCCAUGAGUUCCUGUCAGGGUGUAAAUAUUUAGAGUGGUACCUCGGGUUACAUACGCUUCAGGUUACAGACUCCGCUAACCCAGAAAUAGUGCUUCAGGUUAAGAACUUUGCUUUAGGAUGAGAACAGAAAUUGUGCUCCGGCGGCAUAGCGGCAGCAGGAGGCCCCAUUAGCUAAAGUGGUGCUUCAGGUUAAGAACAGUUUCAGGUUAAGAACAGACCUCCAGAACGAAUUAAGUACUUAACCCAAGGUACCACUGUAUAUGCUGUGAACUGCCCUGAGAUAUAUACAAAUAUAAUAAAUUUAAAUAAAUAUGUGAUGGUAAGGAUACACCUCACUUCUUGGUUGUUGAAAAUGCAUGGUGUGGUUUGCCUUAAAAACAAACAAACCCUAACCAAUGAAAUUACCAAUAAGGUAAAAAAAAUCAUUGGUGGUGCUUUGAGGCUUUCGAAAAUUUAAAACAGCCAUAGGUCAAAAUUUGGAGUGACUUUCUAAACACUGGUGUCCAGCCCUGCUUCAACCCAGAGGCCGGGCAGCCGUCUGCCAGGGCUGCUUUAGUUGUGGCUCCUGCACUGCAGAGGGUGAGCCUUUGAGGUGCCCUUCCAACUGUACAUUUCUUUGACUCCCGGUGGGCUUUUGAGGGGGAAGAGCCGUUUGUUUUAACUUCAACUCAUUUCUUUUUUAAAGGAAAGGUGUGGCGUGAAAGGUUUUGGAUGAAUUGAAAUGCAUAAAUGUUUUCAGAUCUAUGGAGGAGGCGGCGUUUGCUUGGCCUUUUCCAGUCUACCUCAGGCAGCACCUUCCCUUCCAUCUCUGUUCUUCCCUUUGAGAGGCUGACUCCUGGCUGCCCCAGAACACACAAAACAUCUCAGCCUGCUGGAUGUUAAUGGAAAAAUCAACAGGGAGCAGCUGUCUGAAUCCCAGCUUGCUGGCCCUUGCUUGGCCACUGUCAGGGAUUGUGUUUAGGGAGACAGGUCUUGCCAAGUGAAACAGUUUCGGGACUAAAUAAUUAGUUUUUAAGACUUGCUACUGAUCUCUUACACGCUCAGACCAUGUAAAGUCAAAUGCUGAUGGUGUGGAUGGGCUCUCUGCUUAUUCUAAGAGGGAGUCAUCUGAUCUGUUCUACCCAACAAGGGAUAGAAGCUUCAUUUCCACUUUCACAAGAAAGGGAGGCUGUCCUCACUAGGACUCAGUGUUGCUUUCCCCCCCUGUUUCCUACAGGCCUGGACCACGAGUUGGCUUUUUCCAAGAUCAUUGUGGAACUGCGCAAGAAGCAUCCAGGACACAUCCUGCCAGAUGAGGACUUGCAGUGGGUGUUUGUCAAUGCCGGUGGCUGGAUGGGUUCCAUGUGCCUGCUCCAUGCUUCCUUCUCUGAGUACGUUCUGCUCUUUGGCACAGCCGUCGACGCUGGGGGACACUCAGGUAAGCUAGAUUGACCCACACAGGAUGCUGAUAUAGAGGGUCAGAGACAAAGGUUUCUCUCUUCAAGCAUCAGGAGAAUAGAAUUGGCUCCUAAGUUUAGAGGCGGUUUUAUGUUUGACCUGCAAUUUCAUUGGUGGUGUUGGUGCAGAUUAUGCAGUCCAUUUGGAUUUGGGCACAAGGAACAUUACUUCAUACGCGUGUUCUGCAUCCAUAUGCAUUUUUAGCCAGAAGUAGAUCCUCUUACAAAUGGUAGAGCUUUUUCCCAAGUGCAUAUUUGAGCAUUAACCAUAAAGGGUGGAUGUCGGCAAGCUGCUGUGUCUCAGUGCACAUCCUGUAGAAUUCAGAGUGAUAUGUUUGCAGCUGGCUCACCUGCUUAAACAGGCUGCCACAUUUUGCACCAACUGCAGCUUUUGGAUCAUCUUCAAGGGUGGCCUCAAGUAGAGAGCUUUACAUUAAUUGAAACAGGAGGUUAAUAGCUGGCAAAUCAACCAGAGCUGGUAAUAGGCACUCUGCCCCACUGACACCAUUUGGUCUUCCGCUCCAUCGAGACCUGAUUGGCUAUUCAAUUCUUGAAGGCAGGAGCCACCUUUCCACAUUUCUUCCUUUGGUGUAAUCCACCCUGCCGCUAGUCUCUCCGUCCCCCACUUCCUCACCAAAGGAUAAGACCUCUACAGCUGGCGGAGGAUGAGAUUUUGGCAUUGCUUUCUCCACCUCCCUCCAAACCAGCAGUUACAGUAAGAGUAAUCAAAUCUCGUCUACUGAGUUGCGUUGCCUCUUAGUCCUUAACUGCUACUGGGUGCUGUUUCUUCCCUUGCAGGUCGAUACUGGGCCGAUAUCUACGAUACCAUCAUCUCGGGGACCUUCCGGCAGUGGAAAGAAGGAACAACCAAAAGUGAGAUCUACUACCCAGGUGAGUUGCGUGUUCCUUGUAAGGUGAUGCUUCUGUGGGGGGAGGAGCAGGACGAAACUCUUUAAGUGUUGUUGCCUGUUUGUGCAGGAGAUACCAUCAUCCACCGAUCUGGAGAGGCCACGUCAGUGCAGUGGAGUGCCGGCACAUGGAUGGUGGAGUACGGCCGCGGUUUCAUCCCUUCGACGCUCCCCUUUGCCCUUGCUGACACAAUCUUCAGCACUCAGGACUUCCUCACCCUCUUCUACACUGUGCGUGUUUACGUCAAGGGGCUGCUCCUGGAGCUCAAUGCCUACUUCAGCGACUCGGGCUAGUGAGCGCUCGCUGCUCCUUGGCUCCAAGUCAGUCAUCAUCCCCCUUGAAAUGGAAGGCUCUCCUCCCUCAUUGCCUCCCCUUGGCUGUGCUGUGUACUAGAGAGCAGUGGUGUACCUCGUGUGUUCAGAAAUACCCACACAAUACUGGGAGCAUCAUACAUGUUUCAGCAGGCAUAGAGAGGGCUCUACCAGCAGUAAGAGGGAAUCCUAUCUUCCUAUCUUUCAAUACCUGAAUGCUUCCUUCAUGUAUUUCUGUAAGUCUGCUGUGCUCUGCAAAGUGAUUUAAUGGGUGCUUUAAUGGAAAUGUGGACGGCCAAGAUUCAGGGUUUCUUUGGCCAUGCAUAAACGAGAGAGAGGCUGUUGCAUUACAUUCUGGGUGUGAUUGAGCCACCUUAGGAUGCAACCUACUGAGCUCAUGUCAGUGCAUGGCUUUUUCUUUUUCUUUUCUUUUUGGGGGGAUGGGGGUGCUUGAAACAUAUAUACACAUACCACCAUCUCUAGAAAUGAAUGGUGUUGGAGCAGCAGCAGUACAAUGAGAGUCUCUGAGCUCCCCCAGUAUAUUUGCACUACUGUUUAACACAGACCAAAAAAAAAAUACUUCCUGCUAAAUUUUGAUCCUCUCCUACCCACCCCGCUUGAUUUGACAUGGGCAUUUUCCUGUUCCUCUGUCGGUAGGUGUGGUUGGUUCUGUGGGGCCUGCUGUGUGGGGCACUUGGCUCUUGGUCUGUGUUUGUAACAUGACUUUUCCUGUAUGUCUUAAUCCCCACGGGGCCAAUGUCUGGGAGGGAGCUGCCUUCCAUCCUCAAAAUGGGUUGCACGUUCUCAAGAGGACCUCAUCCAGUUUUAUCCUGUAAUACUAAUACGGAGAGCCACUGUCCAUCGCCUUAACUUAGAGCCUUACUCUGGUGGCCUCUUCAGCUAUGCACGCAUGUGUAGAUAUAUAGAUAUAUAUUUGUAUACCUCUUAGUGUUGAUGUCUGUGGCAGGAUGCCAUAUGGCCACUGUUCCCAGGGAUGGUUUUUGAUUCAACCCUGGGGUGAGAAUCUCUGUUGGACCAGACACUGCUCUUAUUUCUUUUUUUCUUCCACAGUUCCUAAUUGGGCUUGAGCCCAAAGGUAGAAUUUUUAGGCUCAAAAUUCAACUGGGUUUGGGGGGGGCGGGGAGGUGUAGGGCCAAACCCAGGGAUGAUUUCAUGGGGGUGGCAAAACUGGGUGAAAAGUUUGCUUCGGCUUCCUGUUGGGUGGCCAUAGUGGUAGCAUUUGCUCUUCUCUCUUUUUCUUUCCACUGUUUCUUUAGCAAAGACAGAACUCUUCUUUACCAAAUGUCAGUUGCAAACCCCCACCCUGGUAUAGUAAAGUUCCAGAAUAUUUGGAUGGUUGGGAGGGGGAGAGAACUGGAAGCCCCAAGAGGAGGAGAGUUUUUAAGGACCCCUCUCACAUAUUGUGCAAACUGCCUGCCUUUAAGUUGCCUGCAAAUGGGACUAUGAAAUGGGGCGUGGUUGCCCUAGCCGUAGUUCCAAAGGUUUUGAUAGAUCAUGUAUCUCUGCCCUAACCACUUCCUCUUAGCACCUAAUAACCGUGUUCUUCAGAUAACUGACUGCAGAAGAAACCUUCCUUUCCCCUGCAAAUGGAAUCUUAUUUGGUGGCAGGGCCACCUCAAAAAGUUAAGGAUUGCAGAAGCUGUGCUUGCCAGCUCUCAGACCUUGUUCCCACCUCUGUCCUUCCAAACCAUAGUUUCUUCUUUCCAGUCUUUUCACUUGAAACCUGUUGUAACUGGGCAGGAUGUUUGUCUUCCACCCCUAUCUAUCAUUUACCCUCAGUUCCUUCGCUUUUCUUCCUGGGUAUUCCAUCUAGUUCCUAUGUGUGCAAAUAGAGACUUCUUUUGACUUGGGUCGUGUUUGCAGCAGUUCCUGUUCAAGAGGGAAAGAGAGAGAGCUCAGCUGGAGUGCUGGCGUUCCCCACAGUUGCUGACAACCUUCCUGGGCUUUCUCCCCACCCAUGACAACACAGCGCUUGCAUGGGGAGGCAACAGAGCAGACUGCAUGAUCCAAGCCGGUCUUGCAGUUUAUUCCUUUUGGCUGUUUUGGUGGCAGGUGACAAGUGCAGCUAAAAUGCCCGAACCCCUCCUGCAAGAAGCAGCUGCGUAGGUGUGCCUUUAGAAAGGUCACCCCAGGUGCUCAAAUCUGUGUACUUGGUAUGCUUUUGUCUAAAAACCCUGGAGCCAGGUGCUAGCUUACCUAAUGGUCCCAGCUGAUUAGCAAGCCUUAGAACCUGAAAGGGCAGCUAGUUCCCCUUCUUUAUUCUACCCACCCCAACUUCCCCUGGGGCUGAACACUUCUUUAUUUGAAUCAGGAUGCAGUAAUGGUUGCCAGCAGCUGACCUGUUUGCAGGCUUCCUCUGUCCCAGCUUCUGCUAGCUCCUGUCAGAGGAGUCCCACGGGCUAGCGUUAGCAGCGGCUGAGAAUCAGAUUCAUUUCCAGUACAGUAUCCUUGUCACCAUCAGCCAAACACGUAGCAUGUGUCUGGUUACCGUCUCAGUUACUGCAACUGUGCCUCCGUGCACAGCCGACCUGGGUCUUUCGUUUGCCAACCAGUGUUUGAGAAUAAAUUGGUGUGUAUGAUUGUUAUACUUUGACAAAAAGAUAAUAUAAUGAACCAUGAUUAAACUCGC